AUGUUACAACUGGCCAAAACUACUAAUGAUCACAUAAAUGAGACCAGAGCCUACCACAAGAACCAGGAUGCUUCCAUCCGAAAUUUGGAGAGUCAGAUAGGCCAUUUGUCUAGGAAGUUGGCUGAAAGGUCUCAAGGACAGUUCCCAAGUGAUACAAUUGUGAAUCCAAAGGAGGACUGCAAGUCUAUUGUGACUAGGAGUGGAAUUGUGAUCACUCCUCAAGAAAAGUCAAAAUCGGUUCAGCCAAAGAAAGUUAAUGAGCCAACAACUGAACUGGAACAUGAGAAAGAAGUACAAUCACCUGUCAGUGAACAAGAAGAAGCAAAGGAGAAAGUUGUUGAAGCUCCAAAGCAACCGAUGGAUUUUUCUCGCUUUGAGAAACCUCUAUAUCGUAUGAAGCUCAAACAACAAGCACAGAAGCAACAGUAUGCCAGAAAGCAUAAGUUGCAGGAUUGUGAGACAGUAGCACUUACUGAAGAGUGCAGUGCCAUCAUUCAGAAGAAUUUCCCACCAAAGCUUCAAGAUCCGGGAAGUUUUAACAUCCCAAUUACAAUAGGCAACACUAAUGUUGGCCGGGCAUUAUGCGACCUUUGA